AUCAUUUUCGAUGUAUCUCGGCUGCCUCGUGGUCAGGAAGCCAUGGAAGGAGACUAGUGCCUAGUAUUUGCGGAACCUGAAAACUUCCUUAAGCUGCAGUUGCUGUGCUGGCCUCCUAGGACAUUCAGCAGCUGGUCCUGUCGCCUUCCAGGUCUCCCUAUGCUCAGUCAACUCUCCAUAACUGUAAAUCAACACUAAGAGCACUAGAAGGUUAAAGGUCAAGGAGACUCUCACAAAGGAUCCAGAAGAACUUGAAUGUUUGCUCCUCACCAAGAAUCUGGGAGAAGAACAACUAAAAGAAUGAGUGCUUCUCUGGAAAACACUGCACAGUGUCUAUUAACCUUCAAGGACGUGUUUUUGGACUUCUCAUCGGAGGAAUGGGAAUGUCUCAAUUUUGCUCAGAGGACAUUGUACAUGGAUGUGAUGUUGGAGAAUUACAACAAUCUGUUGUUUGUGGAAAAUCACUGCAUAUGUGGAAACUAUGAGAAGGAGAAGGUCUUGGAACAAGAAACACAGCACAUUGUCAAUGAGCAUGGGCAUAACCGAAAGAAGUCUUCUAAAUGUAAUGAGGUUAGAAAUGUGAUCCAUGAAUCCUCCGAAAGUACACCUUAUAACACUAACCACAGAGAUGCCACUCUCCAAUCCUCAAACCUAAAAAGACAUAAAACUGGGACCACUAAAGGAGUUUGCACAUAUAAAGACUGUGUAAACUGUUUAAAGGGGUCUUCUAUCAUUAGUCUCAAUCAAGGAACCCACAUAGAGAAGAAAGAACACAACAGAAAUAAAAAUCUUGAUGAGGUUUUGGUUUCUAGACAAAACAAUAGUGAAAUGAACACUUACACUUGUGGUGAAUUUGACAAAUGCUUUACUCAGAGUGACAAUCUUCAAAGUCAGCAGAGAAUUUAUCCAGGAAAGAAAUCUUACAUAUAUAGUGAAAGUGACAAAUGCUUUACCCAACCUUCCCAUCUUAGUAUUCAUCAUACAAUUCAUUCAGGAGAGAAACCUUACAAAUGUAGUGAAUGCGACAAAUGCUUUACUGACAAAUGCACUCUGAGAAAGCAUCAGAGAAUUCAUACAGGAGAGAAACCUUACAAAUGUAGUGAAUGCGACAAAUGCUUUACUGACAAAUGCACUCUGAGAAAGCAUCAGAGAAUUCAUACAGGAGAGAAACCUUACAAAUGUAAUGAAUGUGACAAAUGCUUUACUGACAAAGGCAGUCUGAGAGUUCAUCAGAGAAUUCAUACAGGAGAGAAACCUUACAAAUGCAGUGAGUGUGACAAAUGCUUUACCCAACCAUCCCAUCUUAGUAUUCAUCGUAGAAUUCAUUCAGGGGAGAAACCUUACAAAUGUAGUGAAUGCGACAAAUGCUUUACUGACAAAUGCACUCUGAGAAAGCAUCAGAGAAUUCAUACAGGAGAGAAACCUUACAAAUGUAGUGAAUGCGACAAAUGCUUUACUGAGAAAUUCACUCUGAGAAAGCAUCAGAGAAUUCAUACAGGAGAGAAACCUUACAAAUGUAAUGAAUGUGACAAAUGCUUUACUGACAAAGGCAGUCUGAGAGUUCAUCAGAGAAUUCAUACAGGAGAGAAACCUUACAAAUGCAGUGAGUGUGACAAAUGCUUUACCAAACCAUCCCAUCUUAGUAUUCAUCGUAGAAUUCAUUCAGGAGAGAAACCUUACAAAUGUAGUGAAUGCGACAAAUGCUUUACCCAACCAUCCCCUCUCAGUAUUCAUCGUAGAAUUCAUUCAGGAGAGAAACCUUACAAAUGUAGUGAAUGCGACAAAUGCUUUACUGACAAAGGCAGUCUCAGAGUUCAUCAGAGAAUUCAUAUAGGAGAGAAACCGUACAAAUGCAGUGAGUGUGACAAAUGCUUUACCCAACCAUCCCAUCUUAGUAUUCAUUGUAGAAUUCAUUCAGGAGAGAAACCUUACAAAUGUAGUGAAUGCGACAAAUGCUUUACUGACAAAAGCAGUCUGAGAGUUCAUCAGAGAAUCCAUACAGGAGAGAAACCGUACCAAUGCAGUGAGUGUGACAAAUGCUUUACUGACAAAGGCAGUCUUAGAGUUCAUCAUAGAAUUCAUGCAGGAGAGAAACCUUACAAAUGUAGUGAAUGCGGCAAAUGCUUUACUGACAAAGGCUAUCUGAGAGUUCAUUAUAGAAUUCAUGCAGGAGAGAAACCUUACAAAUGUAGUGAAUGUGACAAAUGCUUUACUCACAAAGGCUCUCUGAGAGUUCAUCAUAGAAUUCAUACAGGAGAGAAACCUUAUAAAUGCAGUGAAUGUGACAAAUGCUUUACCCGAAAAUCACAUCUUAGUAUUCAUCAGAGAAUUCAUACAGGAGAGAAACUGUACAAAUGCAAUGAAUGCGACAAAUGCUUUAGUGACAAACACAGUCUGAGAAGGCAUCAGAGAAUUCAUACAGGAGAGACACCUUACAAAUGUAAUGAAUGUGACAAAUGCUUUACCUGAAAAUCACAUCUUAGUAUUCAUCAGAUAAUUCAUACAGGAGAGAAACCUUACAAAUGUAAUGAAUGUGACAAAUCCUUUACUGAAAAUGGCUGUCUGAGAAUUCAUCAGAGAAUUCAUACAGGAGAGAAACCUUACAAAUGUAAUGAAUGUGACAAAUGCUUUACCUGAAAAUCACAUCUUAGUAUUCAUCAGAUAAUUCAUACAGAAGAGAAACCUUACAAAUGUAGUGAAUGUGACAAAUCCUUUACUGAAAAUGGCUGUCUGAGAAUUCAUCAGAGAAUUCAUACAGGAGAGAAACCUUACAAAUGUAAUGAAUGUGACAAAUGCUUUACUGACAAAGGCAGUCUGAGAGUUCAUCAGAGAUUUCAUACAGGAGAGAAACCUUACAAAUGUAGUGAAUGUGACAAAUGUUUUAUUCAAAAAUGCAGUCUGAUAAUUCAUCAGAGAAUUCAUACAGGAGAGAAACCUUACAAAUGUAGUGAAUGUGACAAAGCUUUACUGAGAAAGUCAAUCUGAGAAGGCAUCAGAGAACUCAUACAGGGGAGAAUUCUUACAAAUGUAUUGAAUGUGACAAAUGUUUUGCCCAGAAAUCCUAUCUUGUUUUUAAUCACAGAAAUCAUACAUUAAAGAAGCCUUACAAAUGCAGUCAAUGUGACAAAUGAUUUUCCCACAAACUUAGUCUGAGAAUGCAUCAGAGAAUUCAUACAGUAGAGAAAACUUACAAAAAUGCAGUGAAUGUGAUAAAUGCUUUACUAAUAAAGGCAGACUGAGAAUUAAUCAGAUAAUUUAUACAUUUAAAAAAACCCUUACAAGUAUUUUGUAUGUGAUAAAUGCAGUACCCACAACAUCAGUCUGACAAAUCAACAGAUAUUUCAAACAGUAGAGCAACAUUAUAAAUGAAAUGAAUGAGAUAGUCCUUUAACAAGAAAUAUCAUCUUAAAAUUCACUGGAGAAUUCUUCCAAAAGGGAAACUUUUCAAAUACAUUGACGGUUUGAAUCCUUUAUUUUGGCCUAUCUCUUAGAAUGUAAUAGAUAAUUUAUACAGGCAAGAAUCUUAACAAAUAUAAUAUAUGCUGAAAUAUCUUUGACUUCAUUUCAGUGCAGAAAAAAUAUGUAAAAAAAUAUUUUUAUGGGAAAAAUAGUUCUCCUGGGGAAAUGUGGCAUAUGUUUUACACGGGUAAUAUUCUUUUCAACAGUCAGUGCUCUAAACUAGAGAAUUAUUAUGAAUCUGAAAACUUUUGAAAACCUUCAUGCAAUGUUCAAAUCUUAGAUAAUGUCAACUAUUAUGCUGGCAGUAACUCUGAAUAUAUGAUAGUGAAGAAACAUUUUCAUUAAACUUUUACUUGUUCACCCUCAAAUAUUAUAUGAUGAAGUCAGGUGUGAAAGCCAGAAGAAUAUGAUGUUGUGCAACAAUUCAUGGAGAUAGAAAUGAUCCAUUCCAAAAGGAAACUAAAUAAAGUGUACUAUCGCCUUCAAAAUGUCUAAUAAAACUGGCAGCAUUUUGUAUAUUUAAUUCAAAUGAAGAAAUUGACACAGAUUGUAGUUGAUAGUGUAUUUGACAAACUGAGCCACCAAGACUGCAUGUUCUUAAUCCUAUAAUAUGCCUACAGAUGUGAAGUGUGCUUUGAGUAUCCAGUAUUCAUUAUUCUUAUCACGUCAAUGUGACAAAUGAUUUAUUGGUUUCACGUUUCAGGAUAGUGACUGACUAUGAGUCCCUUAUGCUCUGUCAACAUCUCCUUCCUCAUUGCCCUGUAAAUAAAGCUGAAUAUUUUAACAAGG